AUGGGGGCAGCAGCCGAGGUUGGGAGCUUCGGCAACGGAUUUCUGGACAGCUUUGGUCCCGCGGGUGCCGCUCCGGCUCCCGUUGGCUCUCAUUUCGUUCUCACCCCAGCCGGGGCGGUGGACUACAACUCGGUAACCGGACUGAUGAUGGGGGGACAGGGGCAGCAGCAGGAACACAUAGUGUCCGCGGAAAGACUGUCCCGGAGCCUGGCGGACCUCAGCCAUCUGAAGGGGAUUCUGAGGCGGCGGCAGCUCUACUGCAGGACCGGCUUCCACCUGGAGAUCCGUCCCGAUGGCACGGUGCAGGGCACGAGGAAGGACCACAGCAGAUUCGGUAUUCUGGAGUUCAUCAGUCUAGCUGUGGGACUGGUCAGUAUCAGAGGGGUGGACAGUGGCCUCUACCUCGCCAUGAACAGCAAGGGAGAACUGUACGGAUCGGAGAAACUGUCAGCAGAAUGUGUUUUCAGGGAGCAAUUUGAAGAAAACUGGUACAACACCUACUCCUCCAACAUCUACCGGCACGGAGAAAAAGGUACAUUUUACUUUGUUGCUCUGAACAAAGAUGGGACGUCCCGGGAUGGAACGAGGUCAAGGCGGCAUCAGAGGUUCACUCACUUUUUACCGAGGCCUGUAGACCCGGAUAGAGUACCGGAGCUGUACAGGGACAUACUGGGCCAGAGCUGA